ACACGGGCCGGCGGCGCCGACUCGGACCGACGCGUCGGCAGCUGGGCGGGUCGUCGGAGCCGACGGCCCGGCCGGUGCGCCGGUCGAUCUCCGAGCGUGGUCUAGUCUGGGGGAGUCAGAGCUCGUCGCCAGCUCUCCGGGUGUGUUCCGUGCGAGACACGGAGAGCCAGGGAGCUGCGUCCCUGCUGCGUCUCGGCGCCCGGCGUGGGAUGGCCGCCUCCAAAUCGUGCGCUUCGUUCAUCCCAAUGUCCGACGGGCGAACUCGGCUCUCCAAGUCACCGCCCAAGACCCAGUACGACCACAUCGACGAGCACGCGGCUCUCAUUGGCCUCCAGGCGCUCUCCUUGAACCUCGAGUCAGCCAACAGGGGAUCGGAGCCCAUCAAACCCCAGAAGAAGUGUCUCAAGCCGCUGAAGAUUUCCACAACGCGCAAGACACCCGAGAAGCAUGUAUCCAUCAGCCCGAUGUCGGCGACGCCUCGCAGCAGCGGCAGCCUCUCGGGCGGCAAGUUCCGCACCUCGCCGUGUCGUAGCGACUCGUCGGGUUUCCAGAGCCUUCCGAGCCCUGUCAGCGCCGGCUCCCACUGCGGCAGCCACAUCAGCGACGGCGAGCGGCUCUUCACCAACCACAGCAACGUCCAGGUCAUGACCAGUGACAGUGCCGAGUCUCUCAGCACCCACGGCAGCAGCACCGGCAGUGUGGCCGGCGGCCGCGGAGCGCGCCGGUCCCGCUCGCGCCAGAGCACGCCGCAGCCGCGCCAGGUGACGCCGCGGUCGCGCCAGGACAGCCAGAGCUCGUUGGCCGGCUCACUGGAGGAGUACGCCACCGUGUUUGAGGUGCAGAACAUCCUCCGCAAAGGAGAGCUCGUGGAGGGAGUGCUGAGAUUUGACCGCAGGAGCCACCAGCAGGCCUACAUCAGGGCGCCAGUCAACCUCGACCGCGCUGACGGCCACCUGAAGUGGAGGAACCACCAGUGAGCGCCGCCUCUGCUGCAGAGGACAUACCCCUCCUCCCGGACUGCACUCCCCGAGGAUGCACCUGUCCUUGCGUUGAUGUAACCACUAAGACAGAACUAACAUUUCGGUGUGACUGGAGCUGCGUAUGAAGAACUGAAUGCGCGGAAUGACCUUUGGACGGCCGUCAAGGCCUGAGUCCGUCACUCGCCUCCCGCUCUCCUCGAGUGAACGUCACGUAACGUCACCCAACUGUGUGACGUCGGACGUUAAGUGAUGUCAUUGUGUGAUGUUAGCAAUUGUCAUGUUAGUGAAGAAAGUGCGUAGUUUUAUACCCCAAUCGCCUAUAUCCAACCGCGCCGUGCUGACUAACUGGAAGCGAGUGUCUGAAGGCAUGACGAAUUUAGGUCAGUCAGUAUUUUCGAUGGCUACCUACUGAGACAGUUCAUCUUUGGCUGACCUACGCUGGAGAUCGAUGGUGCUACAGAUGUCGCUGGCUGUUCGGGGAGCAUGAUCAUGGUGACGUUGAAGAGCGAGCGAAGACGUGACGUGGGCUAGACAGAAACAGCGUGGCUAUGUAGUAGACCAGCGUCAUUACUUGGUGCGCUUGACCGACAGUUUUACAAGUGAAAGUGAAGAUAUGCUUUUAAAAGGAAACUAUUGAUCACGGGCAGACGGAAAUGACUAAGAGUGAGACUACUAAGGGCAAAUGUAUAACAAGUGUGUUCUGAGACACGUAACUGCCCCGAAGCGUUAUACCUAAUAUCGGAGACUGUUGAAUGUUGAUGCAAUGCAGUCGUUUGCCGCGUUCUAACACCAUUCACUGAUAACGGUGUCCCUGCCGAACCUCGAGUUGGUUCGACAUCUAUGUAAACGACGGUGUUGACGAACGCGGAUUUACCCAGCCGAUUCUGGUCAGACCAGUCAUUGUUUGGCGAUAAGCGAUGUCACCCAACAACAGCCGGAUAAUGCUACACUCGAGCAUGCUUGCAGUAUGUCUCAACAUACGCUUUGUCAUGCUAGUGCCAGCACGGGAAAGGGCAUCGUCGCCCGUCAAUGUUACCUUCAGGCAGUCAUAGAAUAGAAUUCAGCUGAGUGACCAUACGCUCGGAUCCUGCUAAUAUUUCCAGUUAAAAAGCCCUUUAUAACCUGCAUUCGCUGAUGAGUCGUUCCAUGAACAAGUGCCAAAUGUGUGUAAAGCGUGGCGGCUGGUGCAGGCUAAUGAAAAUAACUAUUAACAUGAAAUAAAUGCUGUAAAUGUGACAAA